AUGACUUCUACACAACAAGAUCACAUUGUUCUUCUUGUCGAUACCCCCUUCUUUGAAAACCUGCCCGCCUGGGUCACCGACAACUUCACCGUCACCCCUGGAGGCUACCACGAUGGCCAACCAUCUCGCAACAAAUUAGUCAUCUUCGCUGAUGGCAGCUACCUGGAAUUCUUCAACUGGUACGACACGCCACCGUCUCUGGACGAUGAACACUUGCCCAUGAGAUUCUGGGGACCGAAAACCCCGGGACUGAUCGACUUUGCAAUCACCGAUACAACCCACUCCGCAGAGGAGUCGGUAGAGGCCGUCAACGAACGAUUGUCCGAGGGGCCCGAGAAAGAUGCCGGUCUUGGUGUCAAAUUCGGCGAGCCGAUUGCGGGAUCACGCAAGAAAGCUGACGGCGUGGAGAUCAAGUGGAAGGUCACACGACCAGAGUUCUCCAAAGGUGACAAGACGCCCGGUCAAGAGCUUUUCGCCAACGGCAGAAUCGACGUCCCAUUCUUCUGCCACGACGUCACCCCUCGCACCGACAGGGUCCCAAGUCAAGACGAGAAGAAGACGACGCAUCCUUGCGGUGCCAUUGGCAUCGCGGCCUGCGACAUCCUCGUACCCAAGCACCUGCAGACCGAAUAUGCCCGCGUCUAUUCCAAGAUUCUGGGCUCCAAGAUGGAACCUGCCGCCGAGCAAAACUCGCAUACCCUCGACAUUGGUGUGCCCCAGGGAUCUGCCCGCUCCACCGUGGUAGUGCGUGCUGCCGAGACUCAACAAGACAUCAAGCGCAUGCAAGAGAGGGGGAUUGGCUUCUCCGAUCUUGUCAUCGCCGUCAAAUCCGAUGACCUCCUCGGCGGCGGCGAGAUGAGGCGCCCAUUGGGCUCCACGGGUAUCGAGUCCACCAUCUGGCUGGAAAAGUCAAAAGGGAAUUAUUAA